AUGGCACAGUCUUACAAAUUACUACAGAGACAACUACGAAGACUUCCGCUACCACGGGGUAUCAUUCUCGAUGGAUCAAAAGUGUUGAAACAGCAUUACCAACUUGGCAAAAGCAAAAGAUUCGAACUCCUAUUUCAUCGAAUCUUGGAUCAAGAACAAUACAAAAAGAUAAAUGAGAUUCUUGAUGCUAUUUACAAAGUAGAGAAGCCACAGUGGUAUAGUGAGCUUAUAAAUAUACCUUAUAUGAAAGUGAAAGGACACUGGCCAACAAUACAUCUUAUUGACGUACUAACUGAAAAUGCAAAGACGAAAGAUACAUAUUAUGAUAAGCUAGCCAAACCAUUUUCAGUUGUGCAAUCGCUUAACUUGAAGAGUAAAAUUUCUCAGGUUCCACUACCGUUGAUGAAAAAGUACAGCCAGCAGGUGAAUCCAGUGCUUAAUAUCAUUAAAGAAGUACAGAAGGCAUAUACUUUUAUCAUGUCACAGAGAACUUUCGAAAUCACAAAGCAUCCAUUUGAGGUAUUUUACUACCCUUCUAAAUUAGGCACUCCAGAGCACCCAGUUGGUAUUGAUUCUUUAUUGAGGAAAAAAGUCAGUCACGUCAAAAACAUUUUGGAAACAUUCCAACCAAUUCUGAAGGAAGAAUUGGAAAAAUUGAUGAAAUCCAGAGGUAAAAUCAACCCAAACUUCUUUCGCCACCUCCAAAGAAAACGUACUGAACAAACAACCAGUUACCAAGUCAAGAAAUUGAUUAUCAAAGAAAAAGUUUUAAGCGAAGAGCAGUUACAAGACAUAAUUCGAAAAUAUUUACGACAACAAUAUUACCUUGAAAAUACAAAUUAUAAACUCAAUCAACUUUAA